AUGUUUCAUUUCUGCAUUGUGUUCACUCAAUCUUGCCUCCCUCUACUGUUUCUGCUGAGACAGUUUGUGAUAAAUGAUACCUCGGAAGCAAUGUACUUAUGUGGAUUAUUUUAUUUUACUCUAAUAAUCAUCAUCCCAGUGGUUGUGCAACCAGAUACUUCUUCAAAACCACAUUUGCCACUCGAAUCGACAAUACAACAAAAAGCAAUUGUCCCAGCAGAACCACUACCAAGGGAUUUUAUCAUAGAGUGCGACAAAACCCAAUAUCAUAUUGUAACGAGAAGAGACGUAGCUGAUUUUGCAGAUAGAUGUCCAAAUGCCACAACAAUUCGUCUUAUUAGACCAGAAACCCUUCCAUCUCAGGGAAUGACAUUUGGAGAAUUUUACAAUUUUGUAAAAGCUCCAAACUUACAUAUGUGCAUACAUAUUGAACUUUCAACUUUAACAGAAUUAUCUUUUAUGCAUUUACGGAACCUCACAGGCUCAUGUCGUGGAGCUCUUCUAAAGAUUACACAAAAUAAUGAGUUAAGAUAUAUCAGUUUCAACGACGAUUUCAUGCGAAAUGCGCCGGUGGCCAGUCUUGUGAUUCGUGGCAAUAGACAGCUUAGCGCAAUGACUAUUUUACAAUUAAGACGUAGAUUUAAAUGGUUCGCAAUCGAUUUACAGGAAAAAGGAGAGUGUGGUGUGCCUUAUCCAUUCAUAGAUUUUAAUGCUUUGGAUGGUUGUAAAAAUGCGUAUGGAAUACUAGUGGUAACACCUGGCACAAGCAAGGUACUUAGAUCACCAACGGUUAAGCUAUCGCUAAAAGGCUGCAUCAUUAUUGAUAAUACGGAUCUCGUGGACGUGGACUUCUUGGAUGACAUCACCAAUUUCACUCUUGUGGAGGAUAUGUGUACGCACGAAAUUUAUGAUAACAAAAAGUUAUGCAUCACUGAUCCGCAAAGGCUGAAAAUGAAGUUUAAAAGUUUGCUCAUUGAUCAAAGUACCAACUUCAAUUGUGAAACGAUUUGUUCCGGUGGUUUAGUGGAUGAAGAAUACCUAGCAACCGUACGAGGGUGUCAAGUAAUAAACGGAAACUUGACGAUUGAAGGAUGGGAAAAACCACCGCCACAUCUAAACAAUCUGCGCACGGUAAGACGGAUUAAUGGCUCCCUGCAGAUUAAAAACACGAGUGAUCUUGGCGACUUUUAUUACUUGGAGGAAUUGCGGGAAAUUACUGUUCCGGAAGAAAGCGAUGCCGAAGCUAUUGAAAUUGUUUUUAAUCGAGGUUUAACCAACUUGGAACUUACGAAGUUGGAGAAAGUCAGCACAAGUAGUAAUAUGAAAAUUGUCAUAACUGACAAUCCUGGAUUGGCAAUGAAAAAAGAUAUGGUGCUUAGCUUGUAUCGUUUAGCGGAUGGAAAAAAACAUACUCGUAUACAAUACAAGGAUAGUACUACAAUUUUGGAUGGACUGCUAAAGUACAAAUGGUACUUGGUCAUCGGCAUUGUGGCUUUUCUUGUGUUACUUAUGAUUAUUCUGCUAGCAACUCUGCUUACAAUUAAGACCGUAAAGAGAAGAAGACUAGUAAACAAAUACGGUUUCCCGAAACCACCGUGGACAUUGCAGCCAAAAUCUCGUGAUGUUCUCGUGAACUGGGUGAAGGGAAUCGUACUCAAAAAUCCGCUUAUCUGGCGAUGCUCGGAUCGUGAAGUUAUUUGGCCAUAUCAAGAAAAGGACGCCACUCACAACGAUAUAAAUGUGCUUGUCGCUAACAAUGAACCAUUUCUGAAAAAACACAUGCUACCACUUGCCGAUAAUGCAGCACUCCCAGACAAAGACAAUUUUUUGCUAUUCGAACGUGUGAAAGCGGUAAUAUCGAAGGAAAUAGUGAUUAUAAUUGGCAGCGGCAAGAAUCCAAACUGUGUUUUACAAGAUCUUCCGAUCCAACUAAAAGGAGAACAUACUUAUAAACAUAAAGGAGCAUCCCAUUCGUUCUAUUUGAAAAAAGUUACACAAGUAGCACCCUGUACUCAAGAAUACUUGUACAGCGUCUAUUCUGCUUCAAAAGGAGGAACGCCAAAAAAGGCAAAACGCACUUUAAAAAUCUUCUAUUAUCGCUGGAAUAGUAGGGUGAUGCCCACCGAGUACGAUGAAAUUCUACAGUUAGCAAUGCUGUACAAACCAGAUAAAACGAUUUGUAUUAGUGAUCGUCGCAAGGAAAUAUUUUCCCUCAUACACAUGUUGCACACGUAUUGCUACAUUUUGAAGGAAGAGAUUAGUAUUGUAGACGUUCUACAACUUCAUACAGAAAAAUGUAACGGUACUAUUCUGGAUCGUAGUGAAUUAGUGUUCGCCAUGGCUGUCGUCAUGGAAUGGGCAUACCAAUCUCGUUCACUUACCCACGAUAUCAAAAAGAAGCACUUGGAUUGGUGUCAUUCGUAUGCAAUCAUGGCUAAAUUUAUGCGGAAUAAUCCAAACAUAAAAUAUAUUCAUCCUGAUUAUUUGACGAAGUUGGAAUUGAAAGUGAAACAAGAAGUUUACAACGAAGGUUUCUCUUCGUCACCACGAUUUUCUUCUCGAGAAUCAAUGGCAGUAACAGAUAAAUUCCAUAGGAAAAAUUUCAAAGAACAUACAGCUUAUUUGAAAGUCUCAAAAGCCAAGAUUGAAGAAUCGGACGACGAUCGAAAGUUCUGGUUGGACCACCAGGAAGAUGCAAAGGACCCGUUAUUGAACAACGAAAUGAAGGGUCACGAAGUUGAAGUGCCUAUGUAA